GAAAACCAAUUCAUUUUUCUGAUGCUAAAACUUAAAUUUCAGAUAUAAAAUUGUUCAAAAUUUAAAACAAUUUCUUAAAUCUGUAUACUUGUUGAAGACAUUUUUGUCAUGUUGUGAAAAGGGAUAUAGUUUGAGAUUUUCAGAGAAUUUACACCUAAAAUAAUUCCCGCAGUUGCCAUCCACGAGCCACCGCUUUGCACCGCCGCCUCCGCCGCUGCAGAUAACUCUUUUUCUCCGUUUCUCUCUUCUGCCGCACUUAUUCUCCCCUUCGCCGUCUUACGCUUGUGCAGUUCGUUUUCGUUUUCUUCGAUAUAUUUUAUCGGAAUUUAACUCAAUUUUGCUGAGAUGAACAUGGACACAGGUAGUGGCAUUAUGUGGUUCUUCAAAGACAGGAGUUUUGAUGAUAAAAGCAUUCAUGACAUGUUCAACAGGUGCAGACGGCUUGAAGAUGUCGAUAGGGAAAUCGCCUCUGAAACUUGGGGGUACUUGAAAAGCACAGGCAUACCAGAGGGGAAGCUUUCCAUGGCCAUUAGGAAGUGCCCCGAAAUUCUCACCCUCGACUUGCACGACAAACUUGUACCGAUGAUCCAGUGCCUUGGAACAUUGGAGUCAAGACCAAAGGAGGUAGCUUCUGCCAUAACAAAAUUCCCUCACAUACUCUUGCACAGUUUGGAAGAGAAGCUCUGCCCACUUCUUGCCUUUUUCGAAGUUCUUGGUGCUCCUGAAAAGCAACUUGGCAAACUGAUACUCUUAAACCCCAGAAUCAUAAGUUAUGGCAUUGAAUCAAGACUUUCUCAGAUGGUGGAUUUUCUUGCCAGUCUUGGUCUGUCCAAAGAUGGGAUGAUCGGUAGAUAUGUGGCCAAACAUCCAUUUAUUACGAGGUAUAGUAUUGAAAAACGGCUUAAACCAACUUGUGUGUUUCUAAGAUCACUUGGCCUGACAGAGUCUCAGCUCCAAAGAGCAGCAAUGAAUUUCCCAGAAGUUCUGUGCAGGGAUGUGAACAGAGUUCUGAGACCUAAUGUUGUGUACUUGAAAUCUUGUGGGUUUAGUUCAAGUCAGUUAGCAGCAGUGGUUGGUGGGUAUCCUCUAGUUCUGAUCAAAAGUAUAAGCAAAUCAUUGAGACCAAGAAUCAAGUUCUUGAAAGAGGUGAUGAGGAGAAGAAUUGAUGAAAUUGCUGAGUAUCCCGGCUUCUUUAGGCAUGGUACGCGAAGAUUAGAGUCGAGGCAAAAGCUAUUGACACAAAAGGGCAUGGAGUGUAGCUUGAGUGAGAUGUUGGAUUGUAAGCACAAGAGAUUUCUAGUGAAAUUUGGAGUUUAGAUUCAA